AUGCAUCGCCGUCGCCUUUCUCCAUCCCCAAUUCUGACUCACGAAUUAAAUCGACCACCGGUUACCAUCGCCAUGGCUUCUCCGUUUUCCCGGAAUGCUUCUCACGCGAGGCGCGCCCCUCGUACCGCCGUACCGUCCCUCGCCGCGAUCGUCGCCGUUGUCUCCGCGAUGCUCCUCGCUGCUAUCACCCACCUUCCGCCAACCGUGUCCGCCGAUACCGUUACCCCCGCCGCCGUUCCGCCCACGGUUGUACCGCCCGCCGUCGUCCCGCCCGCCGUCAUUCCCCCCGCCGCCGUCGUCCCGCCCGCCGUCGUCCCGCCUGCCGUCGUUCCGCCCACCGCGCCGUUCGCGCAAGCCGUCCCGGGCACGCUUCUCGCAUUCUACAACCGCCAGUACUUCGCGAACUCCCCCAAAUCCCUCCCGUUUGUCGCGAUUCGCCCCAACCCGGCUGUAGCGUGCUACGACCUGCCGCCGGAUUUCGCGCGCAGCGUAGGCUCGGCGCGCAUCUGGUGGAACACGAAGGAUAACCAGCCGGAGCAUAUUAACUGCGGCACGGUGUGGUUCUUUCCUGGUUAUGGCUGCACGGGCGCGGCUACUGGGAUUCGCAGGCCUGGAAGCUUGAAUACCACCGCCCCCAGAUACAACUCGUACAGCAAGGUGCCAGCACAGAUGGCCACAGCAGCUUCCGUCGGCUGCUCCUUCUUCCCCGACCCGUGUGCGGUCAUUGCAUGUGCGGACCCCAACGCCAUGUGCAAGUCCAACAAGGCCACCUCGUUCUUCUGCCGCUGCCAACCAGGCUUCACCAGCGUCAACGGCACGUGCACUGACGUGUGCACACAGAAGCAGUGUCCUCUCAAUUCCACCUGCAUCCCCCGGGGCAGCCUCGCCACGUGCCGCUGCGACCCAGGCUUUGACAGGCAGGACGACGGCACGUGCUCGCCUACACCUGCCAACAAAGAAUGGCUGCAGCCUCACAACGAGGCACGUGCAGAAGUCGGCUCACCCCUUCUCGUCUGGAACGAAACACUGGCAGCAGCAGCACUCACCUGGGCGCAGCAGCUAGUCAACUCCUCUGCUGCCUGUUUCAACACCACGCUGGAGCCCUCCUCUUCACUGCCCUACAGCCAGAACACCCUUGCAGCAGUCAACACCUCCCCCGCUGAAGCCGUGCAGAUAUGGACGGACGAGUCCGCCCGCUACUCGCGCUCGCCGUACCCCUUUGGGUGCAACGGGCUGCAGCUGAGGAACUGCGUACACUUCAUUCGGGCUGUGUGGAACACCACUCUCAGCGUGGGCUGUGCAGCUGUGCCCUGCAAGAACAACUGGCAGACCUUUGUCUGCAACUACUACCCCAAGGGGGCUAUUCCCGGCGCAUACCCUUACUAA